AUGGCGCACGUAUACCAUGAGCAACAGAGCGCUACGGGGACCAUUGAACUGCGUGAGCCAGCAACUGGUACAAUGGAUCACGAUCAUCUUGUCUCCCCGUCUAGGUGGUCACUCGUACCCCAGGACCAGUCACGGAUCAAGGCUGUGAGCGACUCGUGUCUAAGCGCAGCCAGGGGAAAUUGGUUUGUCUUUUGGAACAGACACCGCGACACGCUCGCCUCCGUGUCAACGAUCAUGGAGGAGCCUCUCAUAAGAUCCAGUUCUUGUGGUGAGUGUCCAAGGUACGGGGCUUCGUCCCCAAGGCGACAUCUAUCAUUCGCGGAUCAGUACGGCCAGUGUCUAGAGAUCCUGCACUACGGCUUCAACACCACAGUGCGUCUUCACCAGCAAAGAGACUACGAAGGCAGCUCGCACAAUGGCCAGCUUUUUGCUGUCAAGGUCUUUAGAAGGAAUAUCUGGGGCAUGAGAAGCUUCGCAGGCAAAACCAGUCCCAGUUUCUCAGCUGCUGUGAUUGCUGCUCUCCAAUCACACCACCCGAACAUUAUCCGGAUAACGAAUCUACUGUUCAACAAGCAGUCGCAGCUGUGUCUCGUCACUCCCUACUGCGGAGGCGGGAACCUCCACGAGCUCCUCAUGAGCAAAAGACCCGCCCUCCUCCCCGCCACUGAAGUCGACUGCCUGAUGGUUCAGAUUCUGCGGGCGCUCGCUUUUAUCCAUGAGCAGAACAUGGCUCAUGGCGAUAUGCGGCUCGAGGCCGUUCUAUUGACCGAGAAUGGCGCCGUCAAACUAGCUGGAUUUGGCGAUGAAUAUGUACAUCGGAUAUGGGCUAGAUGUAUCGCCGCGUCAACCAUGUCUGAGUCGGAGUCCGAGUCUGACGCCGAGUCGGAAGGCGAUGAACAAGAGGAAGAAGCACAAGACUACUAUCACCACUCUUCCUCACUCCCUCCAGCAUCAGCAUGGUCCUUCUCCUCCAUUCUCCCAACCUUCAAUCGGCCUCGGCCCUCUCCACUCCGCGCCACCCACCCUAAAAUCAUCACACCCACAGCCUCAUUCCCGGGCAUCCGGCUACCGUAUAUGGCGCCCGAGGAAUUCCGCUGCGCCCUCCACCGCUGGUACCACGAUGCCGUGGUCGAGCUGCCCGGGGCAGCGGAAGCGGCGGCACCAGCGAACAGGAAAUCGGAUAUCGCCAGCAGAGUUGAAGACACACGCCCAGCAGAUCUCUGGGCUACGGGUGUGAUCUAUUUUACUCUUCUCACGGGCCGUCUGCCCUGGGUCAGCGCGCGCCGCGCACCUCAAGAUCCGAAAUACGCCGCCUACCUGCGCUGUCGUGCGGGUGGAGAUGCAGGUGGUAAUAAUGCUCGUGGCGAUGACGAUGGGUAUGCGCCAAUCGAGGCGCUUGGAGAGAGACGACGCAAAGCCGUCUAUGCGUUGUUAGAGCCUGUCCCAGAGAAACGAAUCACGGCAGUGGGUAUGCUACAGUCGCAAUGGCGAGAGAAUGUCGUUCUCUGUGAGGCUGGUGAGAGGGGGUUAUGA